CUUCUCCUCUCCUCCUCUCUCUACUCUAUCAACCAACCACCACAUCUCUUACACAAUCAACAACCGUCACAAUGGUCAACGUUCCCAACAUCAAGCUCAACAGCGGCUUUGACAUGCCCCAGAUUGGCUUCGGCCUCUGGAAGGUUGACGACAACUGCGCUGACGUUGUCUACGAGGCCAUCAAGGCUGGAUACCGUCUUCUCGACGGUGCUUGCGAUUACGGAAAUGAGAAGGCCUGCGGUGAGGGUGUCGCCCGCGCUAUCAAGGAUGGUAUCGUGAAGCGUGAGGACCUCUUCAUCGUCUCCAAGCUCUGGCAGACCUACCACGACAAGGAGAACGUCGAGCCCAUCACCCGCCGACAGCUCGCAGACUGGCAGAUCGACUACUUUGACCUCUUCCUCAUCCACUUCCCCGUCGCCCUCGAGUACGUUGACCCCGAGGUCCGCUACCCCCCUGGCUGGCACUACGACGACGCCGGCACCGAGAUUCGAUGGAGCAAGGCCACUAACGAGGAGACCUGGGGCGCCAUGGAGGGCCUCGUUGAGAAGGGUCUUGCCAAGUCCAUUGGUAUCUCCAACUUCCAGGCUCAGUCCAUCUACGAUCUCCUCAAGUACGCCAAGAUCCGACCUGCCACCCUCCAGGUCGAGCUUCACCCCUACCAUCAGCAGACCGAGCUUGUCCGCCUCGCCAAGGCUGAGGGCAUUGCUCUGACUGCCUACUCUUCUUUCGGUCCUGCUGGCUUCAUGGAGCUCGACAUGGACAUUGCCAAGUCUGCUUCUCCUCUCAUGCAGCACGAGGUCUUCACUGGCCUCGCCAGCAAGUACAACAAGACCGCCGCCCAGGUCCUCCUCCGAUGGGCCACACAGCAAGGUCUUGCCGUUAUCCCCAAGAGCACCACACCCGAGUACAUGGCCCAGAACUUCGGCUGUGUCGGUUGGGACAUUGAUGAGGAGGACAUGAAGCGCAUUGCCAGAAUGAACCUCAACCUCAAGUUCAACAAGCCCACCAACUACUUCCCUACCGAGAAGCUCUGGAUCUUCGCUUAAAUAAUGACAAUGAAAUGAUAUGAUAAGUAAAAGAAAGAAGCAUUGGAAACAUGAUUGUUUGGGAUAUUUGGCGUUUGAUGACGAUGGGCUGCAUUUUGUAGAACCGCAAGGAAUUGAUGAGACGCUCUCAUAGAAUACAAAAGACAGUUAACCCUUCAACAAA